AUGCAGGUGGUGGUUGAAGACGAGUGCAACAAGGCGGAGCAAGAAGUGCCCCCGUAUCUGCUCCGAGAGCUGAUCGGCAAAGGAAGCUUCGGCCGCGUCUACAAGGCCUCAGACCUGAAGACGAGCCAGGUGGUUGCAGUGAAGAUCAUCGACAUUGAGGAGUCUGAUACGCUCAACCCCAAACUUGCCGACACCUACUCGGAGUUUCUGAAGGAGAUCAAUGCGCUCAAACUGCUCAGCGAGGGCGGGGCGAAGAACAUCAACCACGUUCUAGACGCCCUACCUGUGGGGCAAUCCAUGUGGAUGGUUACCGAGUACUGUGCCGGCGGAAGCGUGGCCACAUUGAUGAAGCCGACAGCUCCUGGGGGGCUCCAGGAGAAAUGGAUCAUACCGAUCCUCAGAGAGGUUGCCGAAGCCGUUCACUGGGUCCACAAAGCCGGCAUCAUCCACAGAGACAUCAAGUGUGCCAACGUGCUUAUAACCGAAGGAGGUGGUGUACAGCUGUGCGACUUUGGUGUUUCUGGUGUCAUCGAGACAAAGUUCGACAAACGGUCCACCUUCAUAGGAACACCCCAUUGGAUGGCGCCGGAGCUCUUCGACCCUUCGGCCUCCUACGGUGUCGAGGUGGACAUUUGGGCUUUUGGGUCUAUGGUCUUUGAGAUAGCCUCAGGGCUGCCCCCGAACGUCAUGGCGGGUAUAGAUAUCACCCAGCUAGGUGGCUAUCUCAAGCAGAACACCCCAAGACUCGAUGGAAGCAAGUAUUCAGAGAAACUAAAGGACCUGGUCUCCUUCUGCCUGGUGGAAGAUCCCGCGCAAAGACCUACCAUCAACGAUGUGCAGCGACAUCCAUAUCUGCACAACACCAGUUCAUCGCAUCCUACGUCCUCUUUAGCAAUGCUGGUCAGGGCUUUCCGAGUUUGGGAGUCACAAGGAGGGAGUCGGAAAUCGUUGUUCGCCUUCGGUGGAGCCCAAGGACCGUCAGGACCAGACCUUUCAUCCACAGCCAUGUCGAAUGACGAAUGGAACUUUAGUACAACUCUCGCAUUCGACCAGCGCAUCAUGAACAGCACUGAUGCUCAGGCUGUCUACGACGUCUAUGGGUCCAACGUGGACCUUUUGGAUCCUGGGGAGGCCACCCCUCAGCCAUAUAGGCCGAAAAGGCGAAGGCCGCCGCCAAAUCUUCCUGUGAUGAGAGCGCCACUGGAGAAGAUAUUCGACCCCAACACCAUCUCGAGUUAUAAUGAGAAUGCUCGAAAGUAUUAUGGAAAGCCACCUUCACCUCCUGCUGCGGAUUUUACUUCAGAUCUGCCGCUACGAGACAGCUCACACAACGCGACAUUGAGGGAAUCACUGAUCGAUCUCGACGCUUCACUUCAUGGCAGCGAUCUCUCGAGAUUUGUCGACAUGAAUACCGUGAGGGCAAGUAGACGAUCGAACGAGUAUGAUUUCGGAGAGGAUUACAGCAGAGCCCCGAACAGCGACCCGGAAACAGUCCUCGCGGCUAGCAACAGGAAGACACAGGACUGGAAAUUUCCCGCCAUGGUGCCUCCAGCGUCCGCAAGCGCGGAGAUGUCCCAUUUCCCCUUCAACGAAGACCGAAACAGCAACCCCGACUCCGCAAGUGAUUGGAAGUUCCCCGCGCCUAGUGAUCGUCAGCCAGACUCGGCUAGCGAAUGGAAGUUUCCCGGACCUAGUAGUCGCCCACCACUGCUUCAUCAUCCCACAGAGCCGUUGGGCUCCUCGCCAAGCUACAACGACAGCCUCAUGGUUCCCCGAGCGUCCUCGCAGAUGGACAACCGCGCGUCGGUCAGCAGUCUGAUCGACCUGGAUGAGAGUCUCCCGGAGCCUAUCGCACCGGCGGACAUCAUCCGUCCAUCGACUGCCAACUCGGACGUCGGAUCUGAAAUAGGUGGCGCCUUCGACCUAGAAAGGCAUACUUCUUAUUAUCCUCUACCAUCUACGAACCGUGAGCCAUCAAUCUACAUCUCCGAUGAAUCGGACUUGGCCGGGCUGGCAGGCCACCGACAGACGAGAAGCAUCAAUAUGAUGGGCGGCAUCCCGGAAGUGGACGAGCGGCAACGGCGAAACACGGGCGCCUUCAUUGACGACGCACAUCUUUACUCCGGGGAUGAAUAUAAUGGCAGCGAGGACUACAUGAUGACGGGGUCCUCGACGGCGACCCGGUCUCAGACCAGCUACCAGCAUGGCCGCGGACCCAGUGGGGAUUCUGACUACACCAUGACAGGGUCAACGGUCAGGACACCAUCCAUGUCGUCCUUGAACUCUGCGUACCAAAGAGACGGCAUGGCGAGUGCGAGUGAUGGCAGCUUUAUGCCACCUUUGCCGGCGCCACCGUCCGAAAGAGUAAUGAUGGGGGAGGGAGGGGAGCUGAUGAGGGACGAGUUCCUGAAACUGCUCGAGGGCAUGACAAGCCAUCUCAGCUUCACAGGGGAGUUUGUGGGGAAUCUACCGACCAGAAAGUCUGGACGGGGGCAGGAAAGCCAAAAUGGACAGUGA